AUUGCUCCCUGUUGAUACUGAGGACAUGGUUCUCCCACGUAAAAGAGCCACCCACCGGGCAAAAGUGGUGCAGACUUGGAAGAGGGCUAAAGCCCUGUCUGAUUCGUCCGACUCUGAUUUGGGCUCAGAGGAGGUUUCUGAUGGGUCUGAUGCUAUCGACUCAGAGGACUCAUCUCCUGAACACAGUGUGACUGCGUCUCCAGCUAUCGAAGCUAGAUGGGAGGCGGACGACUCUGCUUUCUUAGACCCUCAAGGGGAACCCCUUUUUGACCCUGAUGCCCUGCAUAACCCUCACUCAGCUGAAUGGUACCCCACUGACCAUGUGGCCAGAUACAUUGCAACUAGAGUUAGAAAACCCCUAGAUAAGGCCACGAGAAGUAAACUCAGAGUGCCCACGCCCUACUGUCCCUGA